GCAUCUCAAGUUCCACUGUGCAAGUCAUCAUCUUACAAUUGAUAUCGUUGAGUUUGAAUGCUCCUUAUUGAGUCUAGAGGUAGUAGAGGAUGCGUCAAGCACAUUUAACCACCGAUUGCGCAUUUGCAGCGGCUAUUAUUUUCCUACCGGCAUCGAUCACACAUAGUCAUUUAUUCAAAUCAACACUCAUCACAUCAAUCAUCAAUAAUGGUCAGCGCUUGGUCGUUACUCGUUAGCCUGAAGAUUCCAAGUAUGGCUUGAGUUAGGAUUACACAGGAACCUGCAUCCCCGCAAUCCUGGUGGUAUGCUACGACUAGGAUGAAUGCAAGAUCCCACUGCUUAUAAACCGAAUGCAUAAAUACCGAGGCACGCAGUUCGAAGCCAUCUAAACACCGAUCCUACAUCAAUUGUUAUAAAUACUCAUUCCGCCAUUACCUACUCCUUUUCAACUGGCAACAACCUCAUUAUCAGAUGGAUCGCGUCAUAGUCAUUCUUGGAUCGGGGCCGGGGAUCGGUGUUGGAGUUGCGUCCCAUUUCGCGGAACAAGGGUUCAACAGGGUAGCGUUGGUGGCCAGAAACACUGAGAGGUUGGCAAUCGAUGCUUCCAGGGUUAAAUCGGCUGCAGAGGCGGCAAAGAAGGACGUUACUGUGAAGACCUACUCUGUCGAUGUCACCGACGUGGCCAAAUUUGAAGGGGUCCUUGGAAAUAUCGUGCAGGAGCUUGGGAAGCCCGAAGUGGUUGUGUAUAAUGCUGUCCGAAUAGGAAGAGGGUCGUUCUUUAAGCAAACCGAGGAGUCCGUGAACUAUGAUUUCAAGAUCACAACUCUUGGGCUUUAUACGACCGCACGCGUCCUGAUGCCUCAUUUGCUCUCCCAUGUGGGAUCAGCUGGCCGAAACCCUGCUCUUCUAGUCUCCAGCGGGGGUCUAUACAAGACACCGCAUCACGCACUAUUCUCGCUAUCAUUAUCGAAAGCUAGUCAGCACAACAUGACUGAAAGCUUAUCGCAGAGAUUUGCGGGUGAGGGGGUUCACGUGGCGUCGGUAGUCGUCCAUGGCCUGGUGAGGCCCGAUAGUCCCCAUUUCAGUCCAAGUAAGAUCGCCGAGGUGUUCUGGAAAUUGUACGGACAGGGAGCAGAUGGGGAAACGGAUGUAUGGGUCACAGACGGAACCGAUCCAAAGCUUUGAGGAGUUGUCCCAUCUGAAGUCGAAGAAGUAUUGCACAUUCCUCCCUCGCAGAAGGAGUUGCGUGUAUAUAUUUUAGG